AUGGACGUUGAUGUAAAACAAGGCCGUCUAAAACCAGUCCGUAAGAACGGAUUAGUGAAUGGAAUCAACCCUUAUUAAUCUCUUAGUUGGAUAUACACUCUUUUCGAUAUAGUUAUAGCAUACAUAUUUGCUUUUCAAUUUGAAGAUAAAGGAAUUAAGGAACUCCAAUUGAUAGUUCUAACAGUAAUAGUUACUUGCAUUAUUUAUUCUUGUCUUAGAGCAACAUUAAUAGAUCCUACAGAUUCAGUCGUAAAGGAAGAGCAAUUGUCAAAACUACUUGGCAAAGAAUUUAAGACGGAUAUAAAAUCCUAUUGUUUGGUAUGCUAAGCACAUGUUCAAGAGAAAACAAAACAUUGUUGGAGCUGUAAUAAAUGCGUAUCGAAAUUUGAUCACCAUUGUAUUUGGUUAAAUAGUUGUAUCGGAGACUAGAAUUACUCAUAUUUCUUUAUUUUAGUAUCGUCUUUAGUUGCACUCAAGUUAUUUAGAUUAGGCUAAGAUUUUAAAUUGCUUUAUCUUCAAACCAAUUAUGAGAUUUUAGUUUAUAUUUGUAUUUCGGUAGACCCUCCUGUAUUUCUUGUGUUAACAUACUUAUUAUCCAUGCAUUUAUAUUUCAAGUAAGCACCUUACAUUAUUUCUAGAUGGAACAAUAUAUCCACUUAUGAAUAUAUCAAGUCCAAAAAUGCAUCUAAAGAUCAAAUGAUAAAAACAUAAAUUAUAUAGAAAAAAUAGAUUCAGAAUGAGAGCACUACUGGUUAUGGAUAAUUAUUAUCAACAUCAAAGCGUUUCGAUUUGAAAUCUCAACUAUCUUUAAAAACGGGAGAUUAAAAGUCAUCUAAUCCAAACUAUUUCUCGAAUAAAUAAGAAGAAGACAAGAAAAACAAUUAAUAAACAGAACCAUAACUCAUAUAAAUUCCAAGCUUAUUUACAUCAAAGCCUACUUCUCCUGGAAAUGAUUAAGAUAAAAAUUAAUAUCUUUCUAAAUUGUCAAAACCAAAAGAUUUGGAUGAUUUGAAAGACAAAUAGAUUUAUAAGUAGGUUAUAGUUGAGGAUUCAGAACCAUAGUUAAAUGAGAGUUCUGAAGAUGAUGAUGAUAAUGAUGAUAAUGAUGAAGAUGAUCAUUUUCAUCAUGAGAAGCAUCAUCAUUGUCCUCAAAAUAGCCAUACAUCUGAUAUACCUUAUAAUCUUGAGUAAAUAAAUAUUAAAGUCGAUUAAAUAAGCUAAAAAGAUAUGGUGAUCAAAAAAGAAAUAGAGCCAGUUCUUGAUAAAGAAUCUGUUAAUUAAGAUCCUGAAUCAAAUUAAUAGUCUCUUCAUGUUAACGAACCUCCUACACCUUCAAAAUUUUAUGCGCCUGCCUAAGAACUAAAUGGUAAUCAAAAUACGAUACUAUAACUAAAUAACCAAUAGUCUUUGUCAGAUCAUUGCACUCGAUGA